ACAUCCCCGCUUCCUUUUCCGCCACACAGUUUAAACUGACAGUUAUUGUUGUGGAGGUCUGGGAUUGAAGUUUUUGUAGAUGGAUUUUCCGAUCCUUCGUGUUAUUCAGGCAAAUAAGAUAAGACAACUAAUAAGCCAUUUACAUAUAGCACUUCUUACCACACGUACAGUGUAGUGUUCAUUUAGUAAAACAGGCGAAACGCGGGUGGAAGUCUGCCGAGAUGUCUCUGCCACCGGAGAAAGCAUCUGAACUAAAGCAGAUCAUACACAACCAUCUGAUCAAGAUGAACAUCCAUGGGAAGAUCCGGGAUGUGUUGGCAGAGACCGUGAGAGAGGAUCUGGAACCUGGACAUAGCUCUCUCUCUGAGGAGGACUUCCUCCGGGCUCUGCAACGCAGGGGAAUCGUAGACGAUGUCAUGAAGGAUCUUCGUUUCUCCAAGGAAGUGCCUGACACAGAGUUAGGACUCCAGAGCACUCCAAAGCCCGCAACUCACUUUAUUGACAAGGACCCGACAAAGCUCAAGAAAACCAACAUGGACCCAGCGAGGAGGUACCUGUACCUCCAGGUCCUGGGGGGUAAGGCCUUUCUAGAGCACCUCCAGGAGCCAGAGCCUCUACCUGGUCAGGUCUGCUCCACCUUCACCCUCUACCUGCACUUCAGGAACCAGCGCUUCCGCUCCAAGCCUGUCCCCUGUGCCUGUGAGCCAGACCUGCAGGAGGGCUUCCUGCUGGAGAUACACAGAGAGGGACUGGGCGAUGGCAGUAAGAUGGCAGAUGCCACCACGAUGUUGUCUAUCUGUGACCCGGUCCACCUGGUGUUGAUAAAGAGAGACACGUCCAGCGAAACCACCCUGGUCUCCUCUUAUUUCCUGGACUGGAGGACCGUCCUCUCCUCUCCCUCUGGGAAGACCAGCAUUGCUGUAGAGCUGCUUGGAGUCGGUAGUGAGUGUAAGGUGACGGCUGGUGUACUCAACCUGAGUCUUGAACUGUACCCUCCUCUGUCAGAGAUCCUGUCACCUGACAUCAUCACCACCCAGCAAUCCCUGGAGCGGCAGAAGACGGCGGAGAAGGAGAGGCUGUUCCUGGUUUAUGCUAAACAGUGGUGGAGAGAGUUUCUGGAGAUCAGACAGGCAAACCAGUCCAAACUGGUCAAGAUCUUUGCUCAGGAUGAGAACGGCGUCAACAGGCCAGUGUGUUCCUACGUGCGUGUCCUGCGUGCUGGUCGUCUCCUGGAGAGUCCCCGUCAGGCGGCCCGUUUCGUUAGCCUGCUGGGCCUGGAGAAGGCCCCCGUGGUGGGGGGGGGAGGUAAACAGGAGCAGUGGUGCUCCCUUCUGGCCUUCCUCUGUAGAAACAAGGGCGACUGUGAGGACCAUGCCACCCUGCUGUGCAGUCUGUUGCUGGGCUUCGGCCUGGAUGCCUACGUGUGUGUUGGCACUAAGCCCAAGGGCCUGGCACACACCUGGGUGAUGACCAGGGGCACUGACGGCACCAUCACCUUCUGGGAGAGCCUGACCGCACACAGGUACCUCCACCAGGCCAUUGACCCAGACGCCCCUCCCCUGGCCCCCCAGCCUCGCCCCUCCUAUCCCUACAGGACCAUCGGCUGUGUAUUCAACCACAGGGCCUUCCUGGCCAACUGCCAGCCGUCGGACGCCGUGGACCUCUGUGUGUUUGACUUCCACAACCAGUCCCAGUGGAAGGCUAUGAGUGAGGAGGCUGUUGGCUCAGUCUGCUCCCCGGGCAGCACCACCUCUCUGCCCCCUCUACCUCCUCUCUGUGGCCCCUCCCUGGAGCCCAGCGCUGCCUCCAACCAGCUGGAACUGGAGCUGAGGUACCUGGUGGUGGAACACAGGAAGGACCUGGGUCUGGCCACAGUAUGGGAUGACCACUUGUCCUACGUCCUGUCCUCCGCCCUGGCGGCGUACGAGCUGGAGCGGUGCACGGGGACUUCCUGCGGGAACGAGGAGUUCCAGGACGCUGUGCGGAGGGCGGUGCCGGACGGACACACCUUCAAAGGUUUCCCUAUCCACUUCCUGCAUCGCAACGCACGCCGAGCCUUCGCUACCUGCCUCAGGUCUCCGUUCUGCGAUGAGAUAGUGUGUUGCCGUGGGGACCACGUGAGGCUGGCGGUGCGCGUCCGGGUGUUUGCGUACCCGGAGUCUGCCUGUGCCGUCUGGGUGAUGUUCGCCUGCAAGUAUCGUUCUGUACUCUGACCCCUGACCUCUAACCUUUGACACGCCCCCACCGCUGGAGGAACAUCAAGUUGGAGUCAUAGUACCGAUACCUUUAAACAUUCCUCUUUUGGGCAAUGUUGUCGAGCUGGGAAUUACCAGGGACCUCAGCAUACCAUGUUAUCACCAUACUGAGGUGUUGAUACCAUAUGUAUUGAGUUACCAGGGACCUCAGCAUACCAUGUUAUCACCAUACUGAGGUGUUGAUACCAUAUGUAUUGAGUUACCAGGGACCUCAGCAUACCAUGUUAUCACCAUACUGAGGUGUUGAUACCAUAUGUAUUGAGUUACCAGGGACCUCAGCAUACCAUGUUAUCACCAUACUGAGGUGUUGAUACCAUAUGUAUUGAGUUACCAGGGACCUCAGCAUACCAUGUUAUCACCAUACUGAGGUGUUGAUACCAUAUGUAUUGAGUUACCAGGGACCUCAGCAUACCAUGUUAUCACCAUACUGAGGUGUUGAUACCAUAUGUAUUGAGUUACCAGGGACCUCAGCAUACCAUGUUAUCACCAUACUGAGGUGUUGAUACCAUAUGUAUUGAGUUACCAGGGACCUCAGCAUACCAUGUUAUCACCAUACUGAGGUGUUGAUACCAUAUGUAUUGAGUUACCAGGGACCUCAGCAUACCAUGUUAGCACCAUACUGAGGUGUUGAUACCAUAUGUAUUGAGUUACCAGGGACCUCAGCAUACCAUGUUAUCACCAUACUGAGGUGUUGAUACCAUAUGUAUUGAGUUACCAGGGACCUCAGCAUACCAUGUUAUCACCAUACUGAGGUGUUGAUACCAUAUGUAUUGAGUUACCAGGGACCUCAGCAUACCAUGUUAGCACCAUACUGAGGUGUUGAUACCAUAUGUAUUGAGUUACCAGGGACCUCAGCAUACCAUGUUAUCACCAUACUGAGGUGUUGAUACCAUAUGUAUUGAGUUACCAGGGACCUCAGCAUACCAUGUUAGCACCAUACUGAGGUGUUGAUACCAUAUGUAUUGAGUUACCAGGGACCUCAGCAUACCAUGUUAGCACCAUACUGAGGUGUUGAUACCAUAUGUAUUGAGUUACCAGGGACCUCAGCAUACCAUGUUAUCACCAUACUGAGGUGUUGAUACCAUAUGUAUUGAGUUACCAGGGACCUCAGCAUACCAUGUUAUCACCAUACUGAGGUGUUGAUACCAUAUGUAUUGAGUUACCAGGGACCUCAGCAUACCAUGUUAUCACCAUACUGAGGUGUUGAUACCAUAUGUAUUGAGUUACCAGGGACCUCAGCAUACCAUGUUAUCACCAUACUGAGGUGUUGAUACCAUAUGUAUUGAGUUACCAGGGACCUCAGCAUACCAUGUUAUCACCAUACUGAGGUGUUGAUGCCAUAUGUAUUGAGUUACCAGGGACCUCAGCAUACCAUGUUAUCACCAUACUGAGGUGUUGAUACAUAUGUAUUGAGUUACCAGGGACCUCAGCAUACCAUGUUAGCACCAUACUGAGGUGUUGAUACCAUAUGUAUUGAGUUACCAGGGACCUCAGCAUACCAUGUUAUCACCAUACUGAGGUGUUGAUACCAUAUGUAUUGAGUUACCAGGGACCUCAGCAUACCAUGUUAUCACCAUACUGAGGUGUUGAUACCAUAUGUAUUGAGUUACCAGGGACCUCAGCAUACCAUGUUAUCACCAUACUGAGGUGUUGAUACCAUAUGUAUUGAGUUACCAGGGACCUCAGCAUACCAUGUUAUCACCAUACUGAGGUGUUGAUACCAUAUGUAUUGAGUUACCAGGGACCUCAGCAUACCAUGUUAUCACCAUACUGAGGUGUUGAUACCAUAUGUAUUGAGUUACCAGGGACCUCAGCAUACCAUGUUAUCACCAUACUGAGGUGUUGAUACCAUAUGUAUUGAGUUACCAGGGACCUCAGCAUACCAUGUUAUCACCAUACUGAGGUGUUGAUACCAUAUGUAUUGAGUUACCAGGGACCUCAGCAUACCAUGUUAUCACCAUACUGAGGUGUUGAUGCCAUAUGUAUUGAGUUACCAGGGACCUCAGCAUACCAUGUUAUCACCAUACUGAGGUGUUGAUACCAUAUGUAUUGAGUUACCAGGGACCUCAGCAUACCAUGUUAUCACCAUACUGAGGUGUUGAUACCAUAUGUAUUGAGUUACCAGGGACCUCAGCAUACCAUGUUAUCACCAUACUGAGGUGUUGAUACCAUAUGUAUUGAGUUACCAGGGACCUCAGCAUACCAUGUUAUCACCAUACUGAGGUGCUGAUACCAUAUAUAUUGAGUUACCAGGGACCUCAGCAUACCAUGUUAUCACCAUACUGAGGUGUUGAUACCAUAUGUAUUGAGUUACCAGGGACCUCAGCAUACCAUGUUAUCACCAUACUGAGGUGUUGAUACAUAUGUAUUGAGUUACCAGGGACCUCAGCAUACCAUGUUAUCACCAUACUGAGGUGUUGAUACAUAUGUAUUGAGUUACCAGGGACCUCAGCAUACCAUGUUAUCACCAUACUGAGGUGUUGAUACCAUAUGUAUUGAGUUACCAGGGACCUCAGCAUACCAUGUUAGCACCAUACUGAGGUGUUGAUACAUAUGUAUUGAGUUACCAGGGACCUCAGCAUACCAUGUUAUCACCAUACUGAGGUGUUGAUACCAUAUGUAUUGAGUUACCAGGGACCUCAGCAUACCAUGUUAUCACCAUACUGAGGUGUUGAUGCCAUAUGUAUUGAGUUACCAAGGACCUCAGCAUACCAUGUUAUCACCAUACUGAGGGGUUGAUACCAUAUGUAUUGAAUUACCAGGGACCUCAGCAUACCAUGUUAUCACCAUACUGAGGUGUUGAUACCAUAUGUAUUGAGUUACCAGGGACCUCAGCAUACCAUGUUAUCACCAUACUGAGGUGUUGAUACCAUAUGUAUUGAGUUACCAGGGACCUCAGCAUACCAUGUUAUCACCAUACUGAGGUGUUGAUACCAUAUGUAUUGAGUUACCAGGGACCUCAGCAUACCAUGUUAUCACCAUACUGAGGUGUUGAUACCAUAUGUAUUGAGUUACCAGGGACCUCAGCAUACCAUGUUAUCACCAUACUGAGGUGUUGAUACCAUAUGUAUUGAGUUACCAGGGACCUCAGCAUACCAUGUUAUCACCAUACUGAGGUGUUGAUACCAUAUGUAUUGAGUUACCAGGGACCUCAGCAUACCAUGUUAGCACCAUACUGAGGUGUUGAUACCAUAUGUAUUGAGUUACCAGGGACCUCAGCAUACCAUGUUAUCACCAUACUGAGGUGUUGAUACCAUAUGUAUUGAGUUACCAGGGACCUCAGCAUACCAUGUUAUCACCAUACUGAGGUGUUGAUACCAUAUGUAUUGAGUUACCAGGGACCUCAGCAUACCAUGUUAUCACCAUACUGAGGUGUUGAUACCAUAUGUAUUGAGUUACCAGGGACCUCAGCAUACCAUGUUAUCACCAUACUGAGGUGUUGAUACCAUAUGUAUUGAGUUACCAGGGACCUCAGCAUACCAUGUUAUCACCAUACUGAGGUGUUGAUACCAUAUGUAUUGAGUUACCAGGGACCUCAGCAUACCAUGUUAUCACCAUACUGAGGUGUUGAUACCAUAUGUAUUGAGUUACCAGGGACCUCAGCAUACCAUGUUAGCACCAUACUGAGGUGUUGAUACCAUAUGUAUUGAGUUACCAGGGACCUCAGCAUACCAUGUUAGCACCAUACUGAGGUGUUGAUACCAUAUAUAUUGAGUUACCAGGGACCUCAGCAUACCAUGUUAUCACCAUACUGAGGUGUUGAUACAUAUGUAUUGAGUUACCAGGGACCUCAGCAUACCAUGUUAUCACCAUACUGAGGUGUUGAUACCAUAUGUAUUGCGAUUCUCACCAUUCUGUAUGUAUUGCGAUACUGUGAUUUUAUUGUGAUUCCCAUCGCCUAAACAUAUCAUAACAUGUCAUAUCCUGAUAUGUACCUAUUGAUCCCCAUUGUCCAAACAUAUCAUAUCCUGAUAUGUACCUAUUGAUCCCCAUUGUCCAAACAUGUCAUAUCCUGAUAUGUACCUAUUGAUCCCCCCCGUCACUACAAUCUUUUAUCUUUAUACUGUCUAUUUACAGACUUUGUUUACAAUAUGAGAAUGUAUUUAUAGCUACAUAUAUUUUUUCUAAAUAAAUAAAUAACUUUUUUUUUUUUUAA